AUGUCAUCUCCUCAGGAGGUGCAGGGCGGGGCCUCUGCGUUCUCCGCCUGGCUCUCUCAGGUCUCCGGGGCCAUUUCCGGCGCCUUUCUGGGCCCCGCUAAGCCGGGGCCCACAGCUGCUGAAGAGCCCCCAGCAGACAGAGCCCAGGACGGGGCGGACACCCUGCUGCUGGAGGAUGGCCUGCACUCAGGCAGGAGCUCCAGAGCGGGCGUGGCCAGCCUGGACGUGUCCGCCAUGGACCCCCAGGAGAAGCUGGAGGCCAUCCGCGCCCGGCUCGCCCAGCUGGGCCUGACGGACGAGCAGAUAACAGAGCGCCUCUCCACCAUCCCGGAGGAGAACGAGGACCUGGAGAGCCAGCUCUUCGACUUAGAGGAGGGCGGAAUGAGCACACUGACCCCACACUGCUCCGUGAACAGCUACGGGGACGACGAGGAUCAGUCCACGUCUUCGGACAGCGAGGACGAGAUCAUCAAGCAGUUUGAGAUCUCCGUGUCCCGCUCUCAGAGUUUCCGCUCGGGCGCGGGCGCGGCCGAGGCCGGGCAGCCGAGCGCCCCCGGGCAGCGCCACAAAUUUACGCGCCUGCUCUCCGACCAGGAGGAGGGCAGCACGGAGCCCUCGGACUGCGAAGACGCCGAUGGGCUCAGCAGGUUGAGCUAUCAGGACCCCCUGAUGUGCGGGGAGGACGAGCGGGGCUCCGUCGGGUCCCGGGGCACGGCGGACGAGCUGGAGCCCGGUCCGCGCGCGGCCUCCGCCGUCACGGAGGACAGCCUGGACCCCGGCCCGAGCCUACAGGGCGCAGAGGAGAGCAUGGAGAUGGAGACCGCCGUGGACAACCAAGGCUUCGACAACAACGAGGCCACGGACAGCUCCUCCACGUGGAGCCCCGAGGUACUGCAGUCAGGGGAACAAGGUGCUGGGGAGCCACUCUCCGAGCCGCCCACCUCCCACCAUCCAAUCUCCAAGUGCGGCGACCUCAUCAUCAUCCUGGACUACAAGGCGGAGGCGCAGAAGCUGCUGGUGACCGUGGUGACGGCGCGGGACAUCCCGGACAAGGAGCGCAGCGGCAUGGACGCCUGGCAGGUGCACGUGGUGCUGCUGCCGGGCAAGAAGCAGCGGCACAAGACCAGCGUCCAGCGGGGGUCGGCGCCCCGCUUCAGCGAGACCUUCCGCUUCUCCCGCCUGGACCCCGGCGAGCUGGGCGGCUCCGCCCUGCGCUUCCGCCUCUACGCCAUGGGCAAGAUUGGGCGCGAGCGCAUGAUGGGCGAGCGGCUCUUCCACCUGAGCGGCCUCCGCCCCGACGGAGAGAUGGAGGCCACGCUGGUGCUGGAGCCUCGCAGCAACAUGAAGAGCGCGGACUCCCAGCUGAGCCUGUCGGCCGUCUCUCAGAGUGACAGCGCCUCCUCCACGCAGUCCCUGUCCCACGGCGGAGUCCCCGAGCUGCUCAUCGGCCUGUCCUACAACGCCACCACUGGCCGCCUUUCCGUGGAGCUCAUCAAGGGCAGCCACUUCCGCAACCUCGCUAUCAACAGACCACCUGACACCUAUGGAAAAAUGACUCUGCUCAACUCCAUGGGGCAGGAGAUCUCCCGCUGCAAGACCUCCAUCCGACGGGGGCAGCCCAACCCCGUCUACAAGGAGACCUUCGUCUUCCAGGUGGCGCUCUUCCAGCUGAGCGACGUCACCCUCAUGAUCUCCAUCUACAACCGGCGCAGCAUGAAGCGCAAGGAGAUGGUGGGCUGGGUCUCCAUGGGCCAGAACAGCAGCGGCGAGGAGGAGCAGCUCCACUGGCAGGACAUGAAGGAGUCGCGGGGCCAGCAGGUGUGCCGCUGGCAUGUCCUGCUCGAGUCCUAAAAACGCAUGCCGCUCCGAACCACCCCCCUCCCCCCCCUUCCACCCCCACCGUCAUUCGCACACCUGUCUUCAUGUGCACGAGAACUUCUGCGGCCCUGAAGAACAGCACCGCUCCUCUGUCCGUGGAAACCUCUAAGCUUUAAUUCAACCCAGUAAUCAGUGGUAUUGAUUCUGCAGCCGGUCCUCACAGUUUGAAUGGAUCACAAUCAGGGCCAUACGCACCCAGUGAAAACGUGGCUCACUGGGUACUGUGGUGGCUUUGAAAUUCUGGAAAUUGAACUACUGAUAAAAGCUGAAAUGCAAAUGUGAUUCUUUAGCUGCAGAUUUAAUGUAGAUUCUGUGUUCUUCCAGCAUCAUAAUCAUUCAAGUGAGAAUUGCUUAGGAGUCACAAAACGUUUUUUUUUUUUUUUUGCUUGAAUUUCAUUUACGAAAUUGUUCUCGUACAUGUUUCUUUUAGCAGGAGGUAAUGGACUGUGACAUUUAAAAAUGAAGAUUAAUCUCAGGAAUGCCAUUUGAUGAAAUGGUGUAUUCCCUUGUGUCGCUUUGCUGAAAGCCGGUCUGUACAGGGCUGGGAAUGAAUCCAAACUCCCCCACUUUUAAUUUUGCCUCCUCUCUCAUCCAGCCAGGUUAUCGAUCUCUGCACUGCACAAAAAUGUGGGUGUUGGAAUCUCAAAUCUCAUAUCUCAAAUCUCCACAUCUGUACAUGUAAAAGAGCCCCCCCCCCCUCACACCAUACCCCCAUUGAACUGUGUCAUUGGAUGCAAACAGAACUCUUCCCUUAGUUGGUCAGAGCCGUUGCCCGCUGGGGAGUGGACUGUAUGACUCACUCUGCUCACCCACCGCGUGUGAAGGGUGCGCUGCAGCCUUCUCUGAGAGCCUCUCCACAGAGGGGUUCAUUCAACUCCCAUCUGCUCCGCAGUCAAAAGAAACUAUUAAUGUAUUUCCACCAGAUGAUCUGCAUUCAGCUCUCGCACAAGGAUAUGAUUUGUUUUUGGCUCCUCCUCCUUUGACCGUCGCAGGGUGAUGCUGAUCUAUAUUGCCAUGCAUGCCACGCUUCACUUGCUCCCUGAGUAGCUGCUAUGAUGGUGUUCUGUUUUACCCUGCCCGGGAGCUGUCAGCCUUCAAGGCACCUUUCUCUGGAGGUGGCUCGGAUCAGAACAACUGUGGGCAAAGAUGCAAAGGCCAAGCUACUGCCGGUCUAUUGCUGGUCACCUCGAUUUUGUAGCGAUGCUACUUUGUUUACCCGCACCCAAGUCAAGCAGUGGGAUGUACUGUUGCCUCUGUUCAUACUCCCAAUGGAGUAGAAAAAUGGAUUUAUCUUCAGUUUAUAUAUUGUGCAAUAUGUAUUAAUGGUCAAACACUAGAGGUUUUCGAGCAACCUAAUUUGAAAUAGAUUUCAUCAAUGAAAUUCUGUCACAAAUGCUUAUUAUGCACAACGAGCUCACUGACAACUUUGCCGGAAACUAGCUUUAAGCAGUUAUGACUGGUCAGUUGAACCUUGAUCAGAUUUGACUGUUGUGUAAAGCCAAAAGCACUGAACUUGUAUGUGUACGGGUAGAGCCCCAGUCUCUCUUCAGCGCCCUCUUAUCUAGCAUGGAACUGUGCUGAAAAGGGGACAUGUGCAGAGACGGUUUCAUAUGCUUGAUGGUGGUCAAUCUUCUGUUCUACAGUAGAAAGAGUUUUUUUUUUUCAAAAAUGUGGUGAUUUUUGUGAGUUUUCCCCUAUGGAAUUUUUUUUUUAAACGACAAUGAAAUUUCAGAUGAGUUGAUCAUAAAAAAAAAAUUACAAAACACCCUUCUCAAUCCACAGUCCUCCACUGGUUUAUUGCACAGAUUAGCUAUUGGCCCCAAAACAAUUACAAUUCAUAUUGUUAUAAUAUAAUAACAUAUGCAUGCCAAAUAUUACUGUACAUAUUUCUUAAUAUUUUAGCAAAGUUUCAACAUACCAUUUCAAAAAGUAUAUAUUUUCUAUAGCAUGCCAGUUUUACAGCUUCCUGAAUUGUAUAAAGAAGUGCCUGCAGUCUAUGUACGGAACUGUUUGCGUGUGUAGAGUAUAAUUGUAAGAAAAUGAGAUAAGCAUGUAUUGUCAAUGAUGUUUACUAUUCCUUUCAGAUGCUGAGUGCAUGGACAAGUUCAAAUUAUCAUGUCUGUAUAAACAGUGCCUGUACUGUGCAUGCCAAAAGGAUGCAGCAGAACAUGUUUUGUACUUAUUUUUGUCUUACAAUAAAUUGUGAUUCUUGCUUUGA